CCCACCCCCGACGCCCCCAAACGCGCGAAUUGAGCGCUGUGUCUUUAAGGGGGAAGCGGCCCUUUCCGUCCGGGACAAAAUGUCCGCGAGGAGCCGGGAGGCGAGGGGCGACCAUCGCGACGUCCGGACACUGCAGAAGGAAUGAGGAGUGAGGAGCCCCUGGAGGCCAUGGAAGACAGGGGGAGGCCUGAAGACACUACCGGACAGGGCGGUCCCUGUCCCGGGCUGGCACCCGCCGUUCCCGGUCACCUGGGGGCGCCGUACUCAGAGGCCUGGGGCUACUUCCACCUGGCCCCGGCUCGGCCCGGGCACCCGACGGGCACCUGGGCCACCUGCCGCCUGUGCGGGGAGCAGGUGGGCGGCCACCCGGGCUUCCAGGCCUGGACGCGGGCGCUGUGGCGACACCUGAGCGGCGCGCACCUGCGGGAGCUGGAGAAGAGUGGUGCUCGGAGCUCGCCGCCCGCCGCGCCCUGCCCUCCACCACCUGGCCCCGCCACCGCGGCUGCAGAGGGCGACUGGGCGCGCCUAUUGGAGCAGAUGGGCGCGCUGGCCGUGCGGGGCAGCCAGCGGGAGCUGGAGCUGGAGCGGCGCGAGGCGGCCCUUCGGCAGGCGGAACGCGCGCUAGAGCGCAGGCGCAGGGCUCUGCGGCAGGAGGAGCGCGCCAUGGCGCAGGCGCGGCGCCAGCUGCAGGCGGAGCGCGAGGCGCUGAGCGCUUGGUUACGGGAGCAGAGCCAGGGGCCAGAGGUCUCGGCGCCGCCCUCUCCUCGGCCUCCACUUCUCAAGGAGGACCCUGAUGGGGACGUCCAUGACGACGUGAUCACCAAGGUCCUGCUGUAGUGAAGUGCCCAAAGGACUUCUUCCAGAAGCCUGGAUCGGGUGCACGGGACGGGGUGGACCGUAUUGCAAGAGAUUUCGACCCCAGCAAUCUUGUAGUGCCUUCUUGGGGCUAGAGGCAUUUAAAGACAGAAGGUUCUAUAAACACCGGGUGCCUAUAUACAGGGCAGGGUAGAGGUGUGGAAAUGAGGGUGAGGUUUUAUCCAGGGUCUACUCUUUCCUAAUGUUUAAAGUUGGCCCAACACCAAGUUCCAAAAAGGGACUUUGAGUUUUACUGACUGCCCGGCUGCCUACCUUCAGCAUCUGUAGAACCCCACACUGGGCCAGUCCCAGAGAGGACCCUCCUCCCGCUUUGCUCCUGUCUCCUCAUAUGGCUCACCCAAGGCCACAAGCACAUUUUUCCUUGAGUCAUCUUUCUGAUCCUAUCCAGUGGUCGGUAUAGUCUCCCACUUCUCCCUGUCUCGUUGCUUGUCACCUUACUAGCAAGACAGCAUCUGUCACUAGGAAGAGCAGUUCCUUGCCCCAAAGUCCCUCAGAGACCUCUCCCUGAGACCAAAGGAGAUGCCUGAGGCCACGCCUUCCCAUUGCUGACAGCAUCAACCCUUUCAUUUCCUCUCUUUCUCCAACCUGUUCCCCAGCAAUGCCCCCUAGCCCUGAAGGCCAAGGAGUCCUUGUUGCCCACGCUUGCCUUGUUCCAUUCUGCUGGCCCCUUUCCGUGCGUCACUGAGUGCUAAGCUACCACCCAAAACCAAAUAUGGUUUUCACA